AUUGAAAAUCAGAGAAUAGUGCAACAUGUAUUAAGAGAAACACAAGACACUAUGAAUAGACAUUGUGCUUCCGCUACUGAAAUUAAUGAUGAAAAUAACUUUUCCUGGAAUGAAAAAGCUAUCCUUUUAAUGCUGGAAGAGUACAAAAAAAGGGCUGAACGCUUUAGAAAUCCUAAAAGCAAGAAAAAGCAACUUUGGCAAGAAAUAUCUGACGAGAUGACAAAAUAUGGAUAUAAAGUUGAUGCAGAUGUAAUAGAUAAAAAAUUUAGGAAUAUGAAGACAAGAUAUUUAAUUAUAAAAGAUAAUAAUGAUAAGAAGAAAACAACAGGAACUGGUAGAAUUUCCUGGGCUUAUUUUGAUAUUAUGUCUGAAAUUUUUUUCGACGAUAGGACAGUAAACCCAAAUUUCGUAAUAGCAUCAACUGUACUUUCGAAUAAUAAUAACAAUAAUAAGAACGAAACUGAAGAAAUUACUACAUCUGGAAACAUUCCCGAGAAUGAAAGUAUUGAAGAAAACGACAAUAUGUCAUCUACUUCUACUAGUUCAAGUGUUAGGUCAAAUAUUUUUAAAAAGAGUAUACAAAAUAAAAAGAUAUAUGGAAAAAGAAAUAAACCUAUAGAUAAUUACAGAAAAAAAUGUAUAGACAUCGAAGAAGAUCGAAUUAAAGAAUUAAGAAAGUUAAGAGAAGCUGUAGAAAAUAAUAAUACAAUACAAAGAGAAAAACUGGAGAUGUUAAAGCAGUACUUAUUAAUUCAACAAGGAAAUUUGAUUAAUUUGAUUUAUUUU